CACACCAAACACAUUUUUUCUUUUCCUCAUCAAACAUUUAUUGAACAUCUAUUAUGAACCAGGAGUUAAUAAUGAAGAAUACAGAUGUGAGCCCUGCUGUUCUUACAGAGCUUACCUUCUAGUUGAGCGAGAGAGAGAGAGAGAAUAACCCAUCAGCACAGAAGUAGUAGUGGUAGGGCUUUGAAGGAAAUGAAAUACAGUAACACUGCUAAUGAUGGGAAGCAGCUUUAAAAGGGUGAUCCAGCAAGGUUUCUCUAAGGAGAAACCUCAUUCUGAGAUGAGACUUGAAGACAGGAGUCAUUUGAAUGCUGGAGGGAGAGGAAGUACACAGCAUUUGAGAACAAGCUCAAGUUGUUUGGGGAGCAGACAGAAGGACCAGUGUGGCCAGAAUAUAGGGAACUAGAGGGAGUGGUAGGAAGGGAAUUCAAAGAGAGCCCUUGAAGCCUAGAGGAGGAGUUUGGAUUUUAUUCUAAGGGUAGUGGGGAACCACUGGAGGGUUUUAAACAGAAGUGCAGUACCAGGGACUUAAUGUUAUUAAUAACUAUUACUGUUAUCAUUAUUAUUUACUCUUAGAUACAAUAAGUGUGGGGAGUGAUCACCACUAUGUACCUGGGUCUCUAUGGAGGGUUGGGUGCUUGGUGAAAAGCAAGGGACAGGGAGCCAGGUGUCUGGGGUCCUGAUGUGGAAUUAAGAGCUGGAGGACUGAAAUCCUGGUCCCCACAAGGGAAAGGAACUGGAUGAUGGGAUGUCUGGGUAUCUGAGGGAGCCACAGCGAGAGGGAGGGAGAGUGGUUGGUUAUCUGGGCUCCCUGAGGGGGUGAGGGAGGGGCAGUUCAGUGACUGGGUGGGUACUCCUAACCCUAACCCGAAAGCUGUUAUCACUGACACAGGCUUUAUUCAUUAUCUGUGAUUUAGGGCAGGUUAUUAAUCUCCCUAUGCCUCAGUUUCUUCAUCGGUAAAAUAGGAAUAAUAAUAGUAAAUACCUCAAGGAGCAGUGCUUAGAGGACUGCCUGGCAUAGAGAAAGCACUGUUGUACGUGCAUGUUAUACCAGACACUGGGACACGGGAGAUGAGGUGUCUGGGAUUUGGAGAAGGGACAAAUGCUUGGGUCCAUUGGAUCCCAAGGCUAAAAAGUUGGGAGUACAAAAUGAAGGUCACUGGGGGUGGGUAAAAUAGUUACAUCUUUGAGAAGGACAGAGACUGGAGGUCUGAACUCAGUUCUCCAAGUUAGAAAGCCUGGGUCACUGGGGGAAAAAUGAGGUACUGGAGAUCGUUAAGUUCUUCAAGGAGGCAAAGGGGCUGGACCUGAGUCCUGGGAGGAGUCUGGGAACCAGGGGCUAUAGAGAUGGAAUUUGAGCGGGGGAGGUGGAGAACAGGAAGCUAGGACUCUGAAUCAAACUCCCAGAGUGGAAUUAGCGCCAGGUUGGAGUACCCUGGAGAUGUUCCGGGCAGGGGGUCCCCCAUGCUAAGGCCCUACAGAAGGGGGAGAAUUAGGGUACCCGAGGGCGGUGGUGGAAUCUUCUUCUGGGCCUCCAAAGCCACGAGCUGAGCGCCCGCGGGCCGCUUCCUCCCACAGGAAACCGCAGGCGUUGGGCACACCCAGCCUGCAAGGAGCGGCGCCCACAGACAGCAGGCUCUGUGAAAGCCCACGUGGGCAGCAGGCGGCAGUCAAAGGGGGGGGCGUGCCCUGCGGGGCUCGGGGGCGUGCCCGGAAAGCAGGGGCGGCACGGAGCGCCCUAGGCCCCGCCCACUUCCGCCUCUCAGAGCGCCGACAGCUCUGGCAGCUGAGGGUUUUGGCAGUCUCUCCUGAGGCCGUUGGUCGCGCAUGCGUAGUGAGCGGCUUCGCGGCCCUGAGGCGGUGGUAAGCGCUCCUCUCCCUCACAACCCCCGGCAUCGGCACCGCCUGCCUGCUAAUGAAGCCUCAAAAUAACGUGGUCUUAAUCAGCUUCAUCUUAAUCGGAGAAGGCAAUGGCACCCCACUCCAGUACUCUUGCCUGGAAAAUCCCAUGGAUGGAGGAGUCUGGAGCCUCACCCUCUUUGGCCAAGAUGCCUUUUGGACUCUCGGCUGGGAGCACUCGUUCCGAGGAUGGAAGUGAGGCCUUCUUGGAGGGAAUGGUAGACUGGGAGCUGAGCCGACUGCAGCGACAAUGCAAAGUGAUGGAAGAUGAAAGGCGAGCCUACAGCAAAGAAGUCCAUCAGCGCAUCAACAAGCAGCUUGAGGAGAUCCAGCGCCUGGAGGGCGUGCGACACAAACUGCGGGUGCAGAUCAGCAUUGCCCAGAGCCAGGUCAGGCGGCUGCGGGACAGCGAGAGGCUGGAGAACAUGGGUCACCUGCUCAAGUGCCAGGUCCGGGUGCAGGCUGAGGUCAAGGAGCUGCAGGCACAGAACCAAGCCCUGGACAGGCAGAUCCAGGAAUGGGAGAGCCGGAACUCUGCCCACAGCAAGAAUGCCAGGUCUCCAGGAUGCGUCCAGGAUCACAAGGUCAAGAGCCAGCGAAGGAUCAAGAGUCUCGAAAACCAGCUAGACAAGGUCAUCUGUCGCUUUGACAUCCAGCUGGCUCAGAACGCGACCUUGAGGGAGGAGCUAGAUCUCCUGCGGAUCGAGAGGAACCGCUAUCUGAACGUGGACCGAAAGCUCCAGAAGGAGAUCCAGCUCCUGAAGGACUCGGUCAGGAACCUCAUGGUCUCCUCCACCUCCGCCUACACUGUCAGGGAAGAGGCGAAGACCAAGUUAGGCAUGCUUCGGGAGAGAGCUGAGAAGGAGGUGGCCCAGAACGAGACGGAGGUGCAGAUCUUGCAGCGGCAGAUCGCGCACUUGGAGCAGCUGCACCGCUUUCUCAAUCUCAAGAACGGCGACCGGCAGCCGGAUUCCGCCAUCGUAGAGAAGCGCGAGCAGCGGGCCCAGGAGGUGGCCGAAGGCCUCCGGAAGACCUCCCAGGAGAAGUUGGUGCUGCGCUACGAGGACGCCCUGAAUAAACUGUCCCAGCUGACCGGGGAGACCGACCCGGACUUGCUGGUGGAAAAGUAUCUGGAGUUGGAGGAGCGGAACUUUGCGGAGUUCAACUUCAUCAAUGAACAGAACUCGGAGCUGGAGCACUUGCAGGAGGAGAUCAAGGAGAUGCAGGAGGCCUUGGUGAGCGGGCGCCGCAGCGAGGAGGACCGGCGAGCGCAGCAGGAGCAGCAGCGGGCCGAGUUGCAGCAGCGCGUGGACGAUGUGCACUCGGAGGCCGACGACCUGGAGGCCCGCUACCACAAUUUUCGCGGGCAGCUGGAGAAGCUCAAGACCAACAUCCAGCACCUCUUCACCAGGGUCCAGUGUGAUAGCACCAUCAUCAAUGAUCUCCUCGGGGUCAAGACCCACAUGAGAGACCGGGACAUCAGCCUUUUCCUGAGCCUCAUCGAGAAGCGACUGGUGCAGCUCCUGACGGUGCAGGCCUUCCUGGAAACGCAGAACAACACCUCCACCAGCAUGCUCAACGCUUCCCUCAUGGUGCUGGGCCAGAGCUCUGAGGAUUUUCCUAAGAAGGUGGCCCCGCCUCAGCCCCCAGACAACCUGGAGGACCCCCCAGGUUUUGAGGCCAAAGACGACUAUCCUUUGAGCAAGGAGGAGCUGCUGAGCUCUGUGGUGAAGGCGCUGGAGGCCCGGGAGCAGUCGAAGGAGCAGCACCUGAAGGAGCUGGUCGAGGGCAUCAAGGUGGAGAGCACCCCGAGCAUGAACUCCAGCACCCCGAAGGUCAGCUCCAGCUCGUGCCUGGUGACCCAGCGGCCCACUCAAGCCCCCGGGUCCAUCAUGAGCCACAAGACCAGCGGCAUCCUGGUGUCCAGCGGAGGCCGCGCCACCAGCUCCAACGUGGGCCACGUGACCUUCGGGGAGUCCAGCGCAGGCCACGUGACCUUCGGCUCCACCAGCGCCACCACGGGGGGACUGAUGUCCAGUCGAGGCUCCACCCCGGGCCGCGUGACCUUCCAAUCCCCCAACUCUAGCAGCUACCUGGGGUCCACUGGAUAUGUGGGGUCCAGCAGAGACCACGAGAGCUUUGAGGCGAGCAAAGGCCCUGGGUCAGAAUCGAGCGGAGGCCUCGGGUCCAGCCCCGGCCCUGCCUCCAGCACUGGCCAGGCCUCCACAACCAGCAAGGACUCCCGGAACAACUACUAGGGCACCCCGCCCCUGGCUCCUCGCAGGGCCUUCUCUGGGUCUCUGCCUCUUAGGACUCUCCAUCUUUCUCACCGAGCUCCGAGCUCCGGGAGAGCUGCUUGCACACCUGUCUCCAUCAACCCUUCCCUGUGUUUCUGUGUCUCUUCCUAUCGGCCCCUCCCUCAUCAGCCUCCUGGUCUCCCUCUCUGUUUCUGACCCGACCUUCCCUUUCGGUUGCCAGAUUUCCUGUUCUCUGGGUUUCCCAUUCCCUGUGUCCCAGUCUUGUCCCCAUGUCUGUCUUUUCACCUCUGCUCUGACCUCUCUGAUGAUCCCUUCCCCUCCUGUUUCAGCUUCCCCAUUUCUAACUCCCUCUCCUCACCUCCCUCUCCAGGCCCUCCUUGCAUCUCAUGUCCCUGCUUCUGUAGGUCCUUGUUCCUUGUUCCCCUCAAGAGUCCUAAGUACUGACUCGUGGGGGAAGAAUGGGGGCAAAGAUGUCAGGGCUGGCGUGAGCUGUGACCAUAGGAAAUAAAGGCCAGAGUUUGACUUUUA